GUCCGCGCUGGCGGGAGGAUGCGCGAGUACAAGGUGGUGGUGCUGGGCUCGGGCGGGGUGGGGAAGUCGGCGCUCACGGUGCAGUUCGUGACCGGCACCUUCAUCGAGAAGUACGACCCCACCAUCGAGGACUUCUACCGCAAGGAGAUCGAGGUGGACGCCUCCCCCUCCGUCCUGGAGAUCCUGGACACGGCGGGCACUGAGCAGUUCGCCUCCAUGCGGGACCUCUACAUCAAGAACGGGCAGGGCUUCAUCCUCGUCUACAGCCUGGUGAACCAGCAGAGCUUCCAGGACAUCCGACCCAUGCGCGACCAGAUCAUCCGCGUCAAGAGGUAUGAGAAGGUGCCAGUAAUUCUCGUUGGUAAUAAAGUGGACCUGGAAAGUGAGAGAGAAGUAUCAUUGAGUGAAGGCAGAGCCUUAGCUGAAGAAUGGGGCUGCCCAUUUAUGGAGACCUCUGCUAAGAGUAAAACAAUGGUGGAUGAGCUCUUUGCGGAAAUUGUUAGACAAAUGAACUAUGCAGCACAGCCAGACAAAGAUGAUCCAUGCUGUUCUGCAUGUAAUAUACAAUAGCAUUAAAAAUGACCUAACCUGGACUUAAUUUGCAGAAAUUUUGUAAGGUGGUAAAACUGUCUACUUCACUUCCUGGCUUGUGGGUCACUUGAAAUACAUCUGUAGUGAAGUAGCAACAUUAACUCAGAGCUGAGCAUUGAAAGUCAAUCACUGACUCUGAAUAUAAUUGGGUUAAAUGACCACAUCUCACCCGUUGUUCCCUUUGAGCACCUGCAAUUUUAUGGCACAGUCAGUUGAUCUACAGGGUCGUUCCAGUCGAACGUACGUGUGUUGUCACAUCAGACAGCAACAACAGCAACUAUUUCCGAAGAGGACAGAAUCCUUUUGGAAACGGAGACGAAAGCAGUGGAGAGGAUGUCUCUGAAGACCUUUCAUGACAAGGAUGAGCAUGAAAAGGAGAGCCAAGUCUUUUGGUGUCUGAUUACCACGCUUCAGAAUGGACACUAUCACAUGUGGCUGAGUUUGUUCAGUCAGUUAUGUUGAUUUCACCAGAACUUCUGACAGUGUUGGAGGAAAAGGCUACCAGAGACCCAUAUAGUUUGGAUUCUUUUCAAAAUCAGUGCUAUUAUUUCUACACUUUAUCCCACAUCUUGAAAUAGAAAACAUUGUAUCAGUGUGUGAAAUGAGAGGCAACAUCUGGAAACAAGUGACGGGUGAAGAAACAGUCUGGCAUUGGAAUGUUUUAAAUCUUUCAUUUUGCUGCUCAAAAAUGGAGGAUCGCUUCAGGUUUUGGUCUACAAAAAGCCAAACAAACCCUCUGUUUACAAAGCAGGAAGCAUCUUUAUUUUCACUUUACUGAACCAGGAGGAAGCAACUGUGAUGAAAAAAAAAUUGCUGAGCCUUACUAACAAGGAACACUUUAAUAGAUUAACUAGUACCAUCUUGUAAGGAAAAUUAAGCCAUGUUUCAUCCAUAUGUUCCCUUCUGCAGAAACCUCGUGGGACAGUAUAAACAUCCUGCAUUUUUAAGUUUGUUAAAGACAACAGUUUUUCUUGCCUUUAAGGGCUACAUUCUCUGGUGUGAUCCCAAACUAACAUUUGAAAAUCCAGUUUGCUAUUUGAUAGCUUUAAUGUUGAAAACUUAAAUUGAAUAACCACGUGAAAUCAUUUGGUUCAGAGGUGAAAUAGUUACAGUUGUAAUUCCUUAGGUGAGUGUGGAAAUGGCUCUUUAAAUGCCUGACACACUAUUCAAAGGUUGCCCCAAUUAUUGGAGUGUUUAAUGGUGGGAGCAAAUAUUUUAUUUGGAAAGGAUGCUCGAGCUCUGACUUGCUAGUUUCAUAGCAGUGAAGUAUUUAUCAUUUGCAUGACUAAUGGCACAGAAAUACCUAUUUCAAAGUCUUACAAUCAAAGUAUAGAAAAGUUUUCAAUCGCAAUGUUUAGAUUUUAAAUGCUGGAGAGAUUGUCUUGAGCUGGAUCUUUUAUAGGUAAAAUUGGCCAUAAAAUACAGUCACUGAGCCUGUGGUCUGAAUAACACCAUGCGUUUAUUAGUUUUUAAAUCUUGUGCAGUAACAGUGUAGUUCCUUGUGUUUAAAUGAGUGAAAAUAGGGGUGCUGGGCUGUGUGUGUGUGUGUUGAGUGUGUAUGUGUGUGUGUAUAUGGCCCUUAGAAAUGCUGUAAUUGGAGUUAGGUUCGAGAGUUUUGCCUCCAUCUGCAGAACUUCCUAAAAGCGCUCUCAUCUGCCACAAAGGACACUGGAGUAGAAAACACUUUGCAGAUUUCCAUACAUAAAUAUCCUUAACAUUUGAAUUAUAGUUCACUGGAUGAUAACUAAAGAAAAUCAUUUUCACGGAAGAGAACUGGCCAACUCUGCCCUUAAUCUCUCAAGACCUUUCCACAACCAGUGUGACAAAGGGCAUUAGAUGUCACAGUGCAUUAAGCCUUACAACGUAAAUGUAGCCCAUUUCCCACCUACUUUGCAGAGCUUUUGUUACUGUACUUUGUUCUCUUAGGGAGAUAGGCACACCGUUUAUUUCUGGCAUCUGAAUGCCCAUUUUGGGUGCUCUGAAUCGCCCUCCUAGAGGCACCUACCUCUUUCCAUUGACUGUAUAGCAAACUUAGGCUUUUAACUUUAGUCCUCCAAGUCACAGAACUCACAUGCCUAAACUAGAUGGUAUGAAUGUUCUCUUACCACUCCCUGUCUGCCCAUUGUGUCAGCUGCCAUGCUUAAACAAAAUGUGAGAUGUUGGAUCAAUGAUAUUUCAGGGUUUCAGAUAUCUAGAUUUCAGAUAUCUUGGGAAAUGGUUAAUCAAGCAGCACAAUCCAUCCAUAAAACAGCUGGUCAGUGUGAGAUCCACUGCAUAAGCACUCGAAAAAGAAAAACCACAAAAAAC